UCUUCCUUUUUCUGUUCCUCUAUCUCCCUUCCCUCUCUCUAGAAUGAGACAGCACCCUUGAGAGUUGUUCGUCAAUGGCGUUUCACGACCAUCUCUUCCAGGAAAUGGCGCUUCAGCAGCUUGCUGACCAGCAACUGACCCAAAACACGUCGGUCCUUAGAGGAUUACCAGAGCAGUUAGUCCAGCCCUCACCCGACGCCGCCGGAAAACAGCCUACGUGGUUAAAUAGUGCUAUUCUCCGGAAACAGGGUCAGGGACACCACCAGUACGAAGAUGGGGUAUUCCUUCAUCUACAGACCAGCAAUUCCGACUCAUCCGCGUCGAAUCAGUGGAUAACCGGCCGUUCUAUUCACGGAGAGGGAGCUGAAGAAUUACCGGGAAUAAUCGUCGCGGCGUCAGAAACGGCAAUAAAUUGCGAUGUAAAAGACCCAAGUCAACCCUGUGAGAAGGCUGGUUAUGGCACUGUAGAUGAGAGUAAUCAUUGGCAGAGGGCUAAGUGCAAAUCUGAUAUUCUAGCGCAUCCUCUGUACGAGCAGCUCCUAUCAGCUCAUGUUCAGUGCCUCCGCAUCGCCACGCCGGUUGAUCAACUGACGAGGAUUGAUAGGCAGCUGGCGCAAUCGCAGCAGGUGGUGACCAAAUACUCCGUUCUUGGACAAGGAAGUCAGCUCCUGGAUGAUAAGGACCUUGACCAGUUCAUGACACAUUAUGUUUUAUUACUCAGUUCAUUUAAAGAACAAUUGCAACAACAUGUCCGUGUUCAUGCGAUGGAAGCAGUUAUGGCUUGCUGGGAGCUUGAGCAAUCUCUGCAAAGCUUUACAGGUGUAGCUCCUGGAGAGGGAACUGGGGCAACAAUGUCAGAUGACGAUGAAGAACUAGAAGAUAAUGAAGCCAAUUUGUUUGACGGAAAUCUAGAUGACGUAGAGAACACAGGUUUUGGUCCUCUAGUCCCAACCGAAAGUGAGAGGUCACUAAUGGAACGUGUCAGACAAGAGUUAAAGCACGACCUCAAGCAGGGGUACAAGGAUAAGAUUGUUGAUAUCCGAGAGGAAAUACUUCGUAAAAGAAGAGCGGGGAAGCUCCCUUGUGACACCACCUCACAGCUCAAAUCCUGGUGGCAAUCCCAUUCAAAAUGGCCAUAUCCAACUGAAGAAGAUAAAACAAGAUUGGUGCAGGAAACAGGGUUGCAACUGAAACAGAUAAACAACUGGUUUAUCAACCAGAGGAAGCGGAAUUGGAACACCAACCCUACAUCCUCCACAACCACAAAGAGCAAACGCAAAAGGGAUAGUAAGACAGGUGAAACUUGAAAUGAAGAGCAAACCAAAUGCAAGAGUUGUUCACUUUUUUCGGUUCAAAACAUGAUCUUGUCGACAAGAAAGCUGUAACGAUAUUCGUGCUCCCCCAAAAAUAUUUUUCUGGAGAAACCCAUAUCUAUUUAAAUUUGACAUCUUGAUGAUGCAUUGUAACUUUAAAUUUGGUCUUGUAUUACUAUGUGAAUAGGAAUUGUCA